UUGCUAGCAUCCACUUCCUGCCUGGACAGCUCACUUCAGGAAGAAGAAAUAAUGGCGACGCUUGAGGGGUUCGAGACCCACUGUACGGGAGCAAAACAAAGACAUUGCAAAAGUAAUAUCGUAUUCAAGUUCACGGAGAGUAAAAUCACAGGGCAGACUUUUAGUCGCGGGACACAGCUCCCAGGGUGUCUCCUUCAGGAGCGAGACAAGCGGGCCAAGUGGCAAGGCAUUCCUACUUUGCUCCAGAAGCUCUACGAGAGCAGUCAUCCCAACAGUGACCUUUCUCACACCCAUGGCUUACUUAAGGUGUUAUCGUCCCAGCUCUCCAUGGAGGCCAUGUCUUUUGUCACAGAGGACAGAAAGACUGCUCAGGAAUCCACCUUCCCCAAUACACACACCUUUGACCUCUUUGGUGGAGUCCAUCUGCUUGUAGAGCUCUUGAUGAGACCCACAUUAACUAUGCAGAAGAAAAAGAUCAAAAUGAAUGAUGAUUUGGUGAAAGACUGCCUUAGUGUUCUCUACAAUUGCUGUAUUUGUGCGGAGGGUGUGACAAAGAGCCUAGCUGCGAGGGAUGACUUUGUUCUGUUCCUUUUUACUCUGAUGACGAACAAGAAGACCUUCCUACAGACCGCAACAUUAAUUGAAGACAUACUUGGAGUUAAGAAGGAGAUGAUCCAUUUAGAGAGCAUCCCUAACCUGUCAGGCCUGGUUCAGAGCUUUGACCAGCAACAGUUGGCCAACUUCUGCCGCAUCCUGUCUGUAACCAUCUCAGAACCUGACUUGGGGAACGAUGACAAGCACACCCUGUUGGCAAAAAAUGCCCAGCAGAAACGUAACUCAAGUCCAUCGUGUGCAGAGGUCAAUCAGGUCACCUUGUUGAACAUCCCCGGAUUUAUUGAGCGUCUGUGUCAGCUGGCCACGAGGAAGGUGUCAGAGGCCACAGGCGCCAACUUCCUGCAGGAACUUGAGGAAUGGUACACAUGGUUGGACAAUGCUUUGGUGCUUGAUGCACUAAUGCAGAUGGCGACAGAGGAGGCAGAACAAAGCAGCACAGAGUCCUCAGAUGAGAGCUCCAUGGCUACCAGCCCGCUAAGACAUCGUCUGCCCCCAUCUAUGAAAAUUGUGCAUGAGAUAAUGUACAAAGUGGAGGUGCUUUAUGUGCUCUGUGUGCUUCUCAUGGGCCGACAGAGGAACCAGGUCCACAAGAUGUUGGCAGAGUUUCGUCUCAUCCCAGGUCUCAAUAACCUGUUUGACAAGCUCAUCUGGAGGAAAUACACAAUCUCAAACCAUGUGGUGCACGGCCAGAAUGAGAACUGUGACUGUAGCCCAGAAAUAUCUUUCAAAAUCCAAUUUUUGCGUCUUCUCCAAAGUUUCAGUGACCAUCACGAGAACAAGUAUCUCCUGUUGAAUAGUCAGGAGCUGAAUGAACUGAGUGCCAUAUCCAUGAAGGCCAAUAUUCCUGAGGUGGAGGCUCUGGUCAACACAGACAGAAGUCUUGUGUGUGAUGGCAAAAAAGGCCUCCUCACACGCCUCCUCACUGUUAUGAAGAGGGAGCCUCCAGACUCGUCCUUCAGGUUCUGGCAGGCAAGGGCAGUGGAAAGUUUUCUGAGAGGAGCCACCUCGUAUGCAGACCAAAUGUUUCUCCUGAAGAGAGGACUACUGGAGCACAUCCUGUUCUGCAUCAUCGACAGUGGCUGCACCUCCAGAGAUGUCUUGCAGAGCUAUUUCGAUCUGCUCGGAGAACUCAUGAAGUUUAACAUUGACGCCUUUAAAAGGUUCAACAAUUACGUCAACACACCAGAGAAGUUCCAGACUUUUCUGACACAGAUCAACAGUUCUUUGGUGGACUCCAACAUGUUGGUGCGCUGCAUAGUGCUGUCCUUGGAUCGAUUUCAGAGCCAAACUGAGGAUGUUAAAGUGGUGGAGGUGCUCUCCGAGUGUUGUCUGCUGUCGUACAUGGCCAGAAUGGAGAACAGACUUGCAUUCCUUUUCCGACUGGUCAACAUCAUCAACGUGCAGACACUCACACAGGAGAAUGUAAGCUGUCUGAACACCAGUUUGGUCAUCCUAAUGUUGGCCCGGCGAAAGGCUAAAUUGCCCUUCUACCUUAACGCCUUGCGUGAGAAAGAAUAUGCCGAGAAGUACCCCGGCUGUCUGCUCAACAACUUCCGAAACCUGCUUCGCUUCUGGCAGUGUCAUUACCUCAACAAGGACAAAGACAGCACCUGUCUCGAGAAUAGCUCGUGUAUCCCCUUCAGCUACUGGAAGGAGACGGUGUCGGUGUUACUCGGCUCAGACAGGACUUCUCUCUGCGCCAUAGCCAGCUACAUUGAUGAGCCCUUUAUGGAUCUGGACAGAGAUCUGCUGGAAGAUUGACCACGAGCAGGCGGGCGCACAGUGCGGUGCGCUUCGAAGAGGGGUUCGGGGGUCGUGGGACGCAUAUAACGUUGCUGUGGACUCCACUGAGCUGAGCCUUCGAGGCGCCUGCCGGCUCACCUGUCUGCUCUGCCCUCGCAUUGAGGAUGGAGCCUGGCUGCCAUCUUGUCUCUUACGAAGGAGGCAGGCCCGCUCUCCUACGUGUCUACCCCACGCUAUGACAAUGUAUGGAACUUUGAAAAUAUCGCCUGCAUUGAUUGUUUGCUUUAGUUGGAACAAAAUAGAGCCUUUUUAUAUAAUCUUUACAAAAUGAAAAAAGUUCCAUUUAACAAAUUUUGGGGGAGGGGAUGACUUUUCAUAAAGCUACACCAGAUGUGCAUCAAACAGCUGCAUCCAUUCGCCCACAAGGACACCUCCAUGGCCUCGUAGGGAAACUUCUCAACGGAUAUCAUCUUCAUUUUCUUUGUCUGCAGUUGUUGAUUGGUGCUUUCUGGCCCGACCAGCACAUUUAGUCUGCCUGGUGCUCUUCAUUUUAAAUCCACUUUGUAGAAACUUCCCAAGUUUCUACUCGGGACUUCUUUUGUGUGUGUGUGUGUGUGUGUGUGUGUGUGCGUGUGUGUGUGUGUGUGUGUGCGUG